AUGAACUCAUUGUCGACUGUUGCUAGGUCAUUAUUAGUUUCAGUGAUUUGGAUGGGUCUAUGGGAUGGAACUCUUGGUGCAGGCUGCAGUGCUGAUGAAAGGGAAGCCCUUUUGAAGUUCAAGGCUGAUCUUGAAGACCCUUCUAGCUGGCUAACAUCUUGGGUUGGCCAAGAGGAUUGUUGUACAUGGUCUCAUGUCGUCUGUGACAACUACACUGGCCAUGUCACCGAGCUCCAUCUCGGAUUGCCGCAGCCUUCUAACUGGUCAAAUUCUGUGCUUAGUGGUAAGCUCAACCCUUCCUUGCUUGAGUUGAAGUAUCUAGGUUAUUUGGACCUGUCUAACAGCGACUUUCAUGGUAUUCAAGUUCCAAGCUUUCUUGGCUUGAUGACUAGUUUGAAUACCCUUUACCUUGAUGAAGCUGGGUUUGGAGGAUUGAUUCCUCACCAGUUGGGAAAUCUCUCGAAUCUGCAACACCUUGGCCUUCAGGCCUCUAAACAUUAUGGACUGUAUGCAGAUAGUUUGAGGUGGCUUUCUGGUCUCCCUUCACUAAAAUUCCUUGAUUUGAGUAAUGUUGAUCUUAGUAAUGCUUCCGACUGGUUGAACAUGAUAAACGCACUCCCAUCCCUUUCAAAACUAUAUCUGGCUAACUGUCAAAUCCUCCAUACCCCGGCCCUCGCCAAUGUUAACUUGUCUUCGUUGUCUUCUUUAAGUUUGUACCACAAUCAAUUUGAUCAAACUUCAGUUCCAAGUUGGGUGUUUCAUCUUAAGAGCCUUACUUUCUUGAAUCUAGCAUACAACACUUUUCGUGGCCCAAUUCCUCUGCAACUUCAAAACCUUACUUCGCUCAGGACCCUUGAAUUAGCUUCCAAUCAUUUCAAUCAUUCGGUGCCAAACUGGCUAUACAGUUUACAUCAUCUGGAGUACCUUGAUCUAUACAGUAACAAAUUGAAUGGCAGAGUCUCAACAAUUGGGAUUGGAAACUUGUCUUCUCUUGUUCAUCUUGAUAUGUCUGUCAAUCAUGGCCUCGAAUUUGAAAGGGGGAUUCCUGAAUCAUUCAAAAGCUUAUGCCGCUUGAGGUCACUUUCUCUGGGAUAUGUAAAACUGAAUCAAAAUGUAUCAGAGGUUCUUGAAAUUCUUGGAGAAUGUGCUUCUAAUACUUUGCAGGAGUUGUAUCUGGAUACUUGCCAACUGCAUGGUCAGUUGACCGAUCAGAUUGGCUUGUUCAAGAGACUUAACCGUCUCAUUCUUCCUAACAAUUCUAUUUCUGGUCCACUUCCGAGUUCAUUUGGAGAAAUGACAUCUUUGAAUCAUUUAGACCUUUCAAGAAACAAGAUAAAUGGGAGCUUUCCAACAAGUUUUGGGUCACUGACAGGGUUGGCCUAUGUGGAUAUCUCUCGGAAUGCAAUGCAUGGUGUUGUACUCCCUGAAAUUCACUUCGCCAACCUCACAAAGUUGACCUUCUUUCUUGCUUCUGGAAACCAAAUGGCGUUCAAAGCUAAUCCAGAUUGGGUUCCUUCCAGGCUACUUCAAAUUCUGAACUUGGUGUCCUGGUAUGUUGGACCUGGAUUUCCCCAUUGGCUCAAAGGUCUGCAGUAUCUGAAGUCUCUUGAUCUGGCUAACUCUGGAAUUUCAGAACCAAUCCCUGACUGGUUCUGGAGUAUGUCAUCCCAAUUCUAUUAUAUGAAUUUCUCGCACAACCAAAUCUCUGGGAGGCUUGCAAAUAUUAUCUCUGUUGUUGGCACCGACUCAUUGUUUGAUUUCAGCAACAAUCACUUGGAAGGGCCGCUGCCCAUGAUUUCGUCCAAUCUCACUUUGUUGGACUUAUCCUACAAUCUGUUAUCCGGAAAUUUGGUCAAGUUCUUGUGUUUCCAUCCUUCUGAAAUGCGGACUACUCAGUAUCUGAAUCUUUGUGGUAAUCUUUUGUCUGGUGAGAUACCUGGCUGCUGGAAAAAUUGGCGGAGUUUGGAGGUCCUGAGACUUGGUAGCAACAAGUUCAUAGGAAGAAUUCCGAACUCCAUCGGAACUUUAACCUCACUUGUGUCUUUACACAUUCAGAACAACAGCCUGACAGGUGAAAUUCCUUUGUCCCUUGGUAACUGCUCGAAGUUGCUCACUAUUGACUUGGGUUAUAAUGGAUUGGAAGGAGAGAUUCCAAGGUGGAUGGGGGUGUCGCUUUCCAGGUUGUCUAUUCUGAAUUUGCGUGCAAAUAAAUUUCAUGGCAGCAUGCCGGUGGAACUUUGCCAUCUCCAGUUUCUACAAAUUUUGGACCUUUCUCACAACUCACUUUCAGGGAGCCUCCCAGAAUGUCUGUCUAAUUUCAUUGCAAUGGCAACCUCAGAUAAUACUGAUGUUGCUGUAAUUUAUCUAUUUUUUGGAGGGGGUGAAGUGUACAGCGAAAAUCAAAUUUUAUUGACCAAAGGGAGCUUUGUUGAUUACAGUACCAUACUGAACUAUGUAAGAAGUGUAGACCUUUCCUGCAACAACUUAUCUGGAGUAAUACCAGAGGAGAUCACAGACCUAAAGGAACUCCAGUACCUGAACUUGUCGCAUAAUUUAUUCUCAUGUAGAAUGCCAGAGGGUUUGCAGACAAUGGAAUCACUGGAAUCGAUGGACUUAUCUGUGAACCGGCUAACAGGAGUAAUUCCUCCUGGAAUUGCAAGUCUGACAUUCCUGAGUUACUUGAACUUGUCCUACAACAACUUGAGUGGUGAAAUUCCUUCAAGCACUCAACUGCAGAGUUUCGAUUCUUGGAGCUUCAUAGGAAACCAAGACCUCUGUGGCCUUCCAUUGAACAAAGGUUGUAGUGCGAGCAUAGCUGUGCCUAGUUCUGGAAAUGACGAUGAAGAGGAUGAAUUUUUAUGGUUCUCCAUCAGCACGUCCAUUGGCUUUGUGACUGGUUUUGCUGUUACAGAGCUUGAUGUGGACAAUUAUAAUGACGACGAUGAUGAAGAGAGCGAGCUUUGCAGCUCUGGGAGUGGAGACGUUUAUUAUCCUAGUAAUGACCAGGAUCCUUAUCUCAAGGGUGUAGAUGUCUACAAAAAAUCUACAGGAAUAUCCUUGGGAGUGCCAGUGCUGACAAGCAAUUUAACAGCUGGGAUGUUGCUACUCAACAAUGAUACAUACACGCCCAGGUUUAGCUGGUCAAUUGCAGCUGAUGUAGAAAGCUUGGCAUGGGAUCCACACAAUAGUCACUUUAUAUUCUUCUCUAUAUGA